AUGUGUCAGAAGGACCCCAGCAGCACCGAAGAGGACCACGGGACAUCGGGGAUCGUCGAUGGAGCAACUAGAGCGACGCCAUGGAUGUGUCAGAAGGACCCCAGCAGCACCGAAGAGGACCACGGGACAUCGGGGAUCGUCGAUGGAGCAACUAGAUCGACGCCAUGGAUGUGUCAGAAGGACCCCAGCAGCACCGAAGAGGACCACGGGACAUCGGGGAUCGUCGAUGGAGCAACUAGAUCGACGCCAUGGAUGUGUCAGAAGGACCCCAGCAGCACCGAAGAGGACCACGGGACAUCGGGGAUCGUCGAGGGAGCAACUAGAUCGACGCCAUGGAUGUGUCAGAAGGACCCCAGCAGCACCGAAGAGGACCACGGGACAUCGGGGAUCGUCGAUGGAGCAACUAGAUCGACGCCAUGGAUGUGUCAGAAGGACCCCAGCAGCACCGAAGAGGACCACGGGACAUCGGGGAUCGUCGAUGGAGCAACUAGAUCGACGCCAUGGAUGUGUCAGAAGGACCCCAGCAGCACCGAAGAGGACCACGGGACAUCGGGGAUCGUCGAUGGAGCAACUAGAUCGACGCCAUGGAUGUGUCAGAAGGACCCCAGCAGCACCGAAGAGGACCACGGGACAUCGGGGAUCGUCGAUGGAGCAACUAGAUCGACGCCAUGGAUGUGUCAGAAGGACCCCAGCAGCACCGAAGAGGACCACGGGACAUCGGGGAUCGUCGAUGGAGCAACUAGAUCGACGCCAUGGAUGUGUCAGAAGGACCCCAGCAGCACCGAAGAGGACCACGGGACAUCGGGGAUCGUCGAUGGAGCAACUAGAUCGACGCCAUGGAUGUGUCAGAAGGACCCCAGCAGCACCGAAGAGGACCACGGGACAUCGGGGAUCGUCGAUGGAGCAACUAGAUCGACGCCAUGGAUGUGUCAGAAGGACCCCAGCAGCACCGAAGAGGACCACGGGACAUCGGGGAUCGUCGAUGGAGCAACUAGGAGCGACGCCAUGGAUGUGUCAGAAGGACCCCAGCAGCACCGAAGAGGACACCGAGGAUCGUCGCCGGACACCGAGGAUCGUCGCCGGACCCCGAAGAUCGUCACCGGACAUCGAGGAUCGUCGCCGGACAUCGAAGAUCGCCGCCCAGCUCCGAGAUUCAUGCCCAUGAGGAUUAGGAAAAACUGA